UCAUGUGACUUUGCUAACUUUCAGUCACUGCAUUCUUAAAAAACUAAUCAAAACUGAGAAGAACUCAAGAGCCAAAUACUUCUGUACUUUUGAAUCUAUUAUUGAGAUUGAAGGAAAUCACUAGUAAUAUUUACUAGGAUUAAAAUGAUUUUAAAACAGACCUUUUGAGUCACAUACCAAGUCUGCAUUUCCCCUUACUCCAUCCUCCACUGUCAUUCUUGCUCUCUCGCCUGAAAUCUAAUACCCUACAUGGCACUUCACUAAUGUUGCUUUUGACAUACCCUGUAAUGAGGUUUUUGGUGCAGCUGAUCUGUCUUUCCUGUCCUGUUCACCUAGUCCUUGCUUUCAUUGCUGGUGAUAUUUCUAGCCCACUUUUUCCAGAUGUGUACCCACCAGGGAAAGUCAUCAAAUGGAAUCUUACCGUGCCUCCAGGAUUCUUGAUGCGGCUACAGUUUCAAGUCUUUGAUCUUGCAUUUUCACAGAACUGCCAAGGAGACAAUGUUGCACUGUUGGACGGUGAGAGACUCAUGCAGAAGCUCUGUGGCAAUGCAACUACAUGGACCCAUUUCCCAAGGCAGAAAGAGUUUGUGGCAGCAACGAUGAAUGUGAUAUUUACAUCAGUUACUGAGUGGACUGCAGACCAUCAGGGGUUUUAUGCUCUUUAUGAAGCAAUAGAUGCAGACGAGUGUGCUCAGGACAGCAGCCUUUGUGAGAUGCACUGUAUGAAUUAUAUUGGGGGUUAUUACUGCUUCUGCAGCUAUGGGUAUGAACUGAAUGCUGACAAGAGGACGUGCAAGGUUGUAGAUUGUGGACCAUUUCCAGAAAUUAGCGGGGUUGAAGUAGUUUACCUAUCUCAAAACAAAUCAACAACUUUUGGCAUGCAGGUGCAGCUCUUCUGUGCUGAGCCUUAUUAUGAACCCUAUAAACAAGGCAUUUUUACCUGUGAGGCAGAUGGUAUAUGGAGAAAUGAAGAAGGAAGCAAUGAGGUCUCAUCAUGCAUCGCAGUGUGUGGGAGGCCUAUAAGCCCACCUUUCCAAUUCCAGAGGAUAUUUGGUGGGAGACUAGCAGCUAGAGGCAACUUCCCAUGGCAAGUAUACUUUCACAGUCCGCGAGGAGGAGGCAUUCUUAUUUCAGAUCAAUGGAUAAUGACAGCUGCAAAUAUGCUGCGAGAAGAUCAUUUUGAAUUAUUUGCUGGGAUAGUUGACAUUUCAGAAGAAGGUUUGGCCAAUGCGGUUAAACUACAAAUUGCAGACAAAUUUAUUCACCCUAAUUACACAUAUGCUGAAAAGGGUGAGAUACAAUAUAACUAUAACAAUGAUAUUGCUUUGCUUAAGCUAACAGAAAAGGUCAAAGUUGGACAGUUUCUAUCCCCUAUUUGUCUUCUGCAGGAUGCAUCUGACACAGAGCUGGAGAAUGGGAAACUUGGAUAUAUUUCAGGGUGGGGACUUACUGAAAAACGAAAAUUAUCAAAUGAUCUGAGAUAUGCUGAGGUGCCAGUUGUUAAUAUGGACAUGUGCAAAAAUGUACCAAUUCGACAAAAGUGGGUAAAGAAAGAAAACUUUGUGUUUACACCAAAUAUGUUUUGUGCUGGAGCAUAUGGUUUAGACAAUUGCCAUGGAGAUGGAGGAGGAGCAUUUGCAAUUUUGAAUGACCAAGAUCGUUUUUUUGUUGAAGGCAUUGUAUCUUGGGGUUUCAAGUGUGGCACAUACAGUGUCUACACAAAAGUGGUGAACUAUUUAGAAUGGAUCACUAAAACUAUGUCUGAGAAUUAGGGCUGAAGUAAACAAUGGCAAGAAUAGUAAGAAAAUAAGCAAGCACUAUACUACUCUGGGUAUAAGUUACAAUUAACACAAGUGUGUGCUUAACCAGAAAUGAAACCAAGCAUAAUAAUAAAUGAGAAACUGAUUCUAUGUUGUAGUUCAAGUUUUUAAAUAUUUCAAAAUCCAUUUUUUACUCAGUCUAUAUUUACAUUGUAUUGCUUAUUCUAGGUGAAUUUAGUAUGAAUUAGUUUAGCACACUUAACAUGAUUUGCUUCACACAUCCAAAUGAUAUGCAUGGUAUGAUGAUGUAUGACUCUGAAUUGCUCAGUUACUGCAUAUGAGUAAGUAAGGAUGUGUGCAUAAGUGUACCCUGUAACAGACUGGUGCAUCAUCCACAGUAAAAUUAUGCAGGAUAAUCUUUGGCUCCCCACAAUCCUUCAUGGUACUAAAUGGGUUUGCAAAAAGAGUGGAUGAAAACUGUAUUCUCCAUUUUUCUAAACAGGUUAAGUUUACCAUAAUCUCAAAAUAUAGACACAGUCAAGGCAUAUAGGGGUGUACAUGAAUGUAUAAUGAAAUGGCGUUCCAUGCAGGGCUGGAUCUUGCCUUUUGAGUACUGUUGUGGGAAAAGACACACGUUCCAGACAAGAAGGUAAUGGAAAAUAUGUGCAGAAAAACAAACAAAUGGAAUGAUUUAUAUUGUCUCUUCAAUGUGCCUGUCAAAAAUACAAAACAGCCAGUUUCUAAUAUACAGGCACAAGUUCAAAUUAGAUUGUGUCAUUGUAAUUCGGUGUUAUUUGUAGUUGCUUCUGUAUACACAACAGAGGCUCUGCUGUGACUUCAUAAAUGUUUAAGCAAAAAUAAGGGGGCCACCUCUGUCUAAUCACUUAAUUUCACUCCACUUUCAUCAUUCUGCAUAUCCUGGUGAAGGUCAGCAUGGGCACCCUAUCCUCAUUUCUUCUAUUUGAGGUCACCCUGAACUCCAGCAAUACAGAAUGGAGUAAGUCUAGUAAUCAUGGGUCGGAAUCUCAAUUCUGCUACUUUAGUCAUUACUUAGAGAUUGUGAUUACUGGUGAGAUGGGGCUACCAUGGACUGAUUGGUAGACUAAAAGAUUAGUCUAGGGACCAAGCUCUGUACUGGUUGAUCUGUACAACUCAAUGCAUUCACAAAAUUAAGAAGGGUUUAAAAAAAAAACUAGAUAUGUAAAGAGCAAAAAUAUUUUUGCAUACAGAAAUUACAAAACAAAUUAGGCAAGACAUUCAGUUAGGUGGAGGCCUCUAAUUUAGAAAGUGCCCUCCACAAUACUUUAAUUAAGUUUCUAAAAAUACUGCAAUUAUUAUUUGUGUUGCAUGGAAUAAUAAAAGUGGGUUUAGAAGAUGGAUGGAUGGAUGGAUAGAUGGAAUGAUAAAUAUGAUGGUGCGGUGGUUAGCGCUAGUGCCUUACAGCUCUAUAGUCCUGGCUUGGAAAUAUCUGUGUGGAGUUUGAAUGUUCUUGAAUGUGUUCAAUGCACAUUUGGUUAUUUGGACAGUCUAAAUUAAACUUAUUUAAGCAUCCAUGAGACUGUCUCAAAAUUCCCUGAAGUCUUGUUCAGGGUUGAUCCCUGUCUUAUGCUCAAUGCUGUCAGGAUAGGCACUGUCGCCCUGGGACCUUAAAUUAACAACAACAAUACUACUACUACUAACAAUAAUAAUAAUAAUAAUAAUAAUAAUACACUUUAUCUGCGGUGGGUUGGCACCCUGCCCGGGAUUGGUUCCUGCCUUGUGCCCUGUGUUGGCUGGGAUUGGCUCCAGCAGACCCCCGUGACCCUGUGUUCGGAUUCAGCGGGUUGAACAAUGGAUGGAUGGAUGGAUACACUUUAUUUAUAUAGCACCUUUCACUUGCUCAAAGCUCUUAAUUGGAUAAGCAAAUUAAACAAUGGAUGGAUAGAAUAAUUCAACGUCUUUGGGCUGCUCCCAUUAGGGGUCACCAUAGCGGAUCAUCCAUUUUCAUAUCUUCCUGUCCUCUGCAUCUUGCUGUGUCACACCCACCAUCUGCAUGUCCUCUCUCAUCACAUCCAUAAACCUAAUCUUACGCCUUUCUCUAUACCUCUUGCCUGGCAGUUCUAUCCUUAGUACCCUUCUCCCAAUAUACCCAGCAUCUCUCCUCUGCACAUGUCCAAAUCAACACAAUUUUGCCUCUCCGGCUUUGUCUUCAAACCGUUGAGCCUGAGCUGAUCCUCUAAUGUACUCAUUUCUAAUCCUGUCCAUCCUCGUCACACCCAAUGCAAAUCUUAACAUCUUUAACUCUUCCACCUCCAGCUCUGUCUCCUGUCUUUUCGUUAGUGCCACCAUCUGCAACCCAUAUAACAUAGCUGGUCUCACUACUAUCUAGACCUUCCCUUUCACUUUAUUAACUGGGCUAAAUGGAGGAUAUCUUAAUUUAAGCGGCCAACCGGUACAGUUUGGUUUGUGCUGAGUGUAUUGUUCACACAAAAACAAAGUAAUUUUGUACAAUUGUUGGGAUGAGAGUGUAAAACAGCAGCCUAACAUCCAGAUCUUUCUGAAUGUGAAGGGUGUGGGCGGGGUUACCAGAAUUUGAAGGGUGGAUAAUUAAAUUUAUAUGCAUAUUAGUCAGGCGUUAGUCUGUUUUGUUUGCUUGUUUUUUGUCUGUUGAAAUGAAAGAAGCGUCUUGUAAGUUAAUAAUAAAAGUUAUGUAUUCGGAGCA